AUGGGCAUGGGGCAAACGGGAUCUUACUACCGCGGGGCUGAGCGCCUUCUUACCACCUCUCAUCUACUGCUGCUCCUUAUCGUCUCAUUCUUGCUCAAAACUGGUGGAAGUCAGGUUCAGACUUCUCAGUGCCGUAUCCAGAAGUGCACGGGCGACUUCGUCUCGCUCACGUCUCACCUGAACCCGUCUCUGGAUGGCUUCGACAUCGAGUUUUGCAAGGCGCUGCGGGCCUAUUCGGGCUGCACUCAUCGGACUGCCAAAAGUUGCAGAGGCAACCUGGUCUUUCACUCAGCUGUCCUGGGUAUCAAUGACCUCAUGAGCCAGAGGAACUGCUCUAAAGAUGGCCCUACGUCCUCCACGCACCCCGCUCUCACUAUCGAGCCCUGCAACUACCACAGUCGCUUUCACUAUCAUCAGGCCGCACCAGCUAUCCCGGGCGCAGGGCUGCCUGGGGUACCGGAGCACCCACGGCCUCACUACUUGUUCUGUGGGUUGUUUGGAGACCCACACCUGAGGACUUUUAAGGACCAGUUUCAGACAUGUAAGGUAGAAGGGGCGUGGCCUCUAAUAGAUAAUAAUUACCUGUCAGUUCAGGUAACAAAUGUCCCGGUGGUGCAGGGAUCAAGUGCCACAGCGACCAAUAAGAUCACCGUCAUCUUUAAACCAUAUCAGGAAUGCACCGAGCAGAAGGUCUACCAGGCCGUUACGGAUGACCUUCCGGCAGCAUUUGUGGACGGCACCGUGUUGGGAGGCCACAGCGAGAUGCGCAGCCUGGUGGUGAUCGAGAAGCUCGCAGGCCGACACGUCGAACUGCAUGCUGCCUACAUCGGGGUGACAGUGGUGGUGCGCCAGCUAGGCCGCUACCUCACACUGGCAGUGCGCAUGCCCCACGAGCUGGCCAUGGCCUAUGACGACACACAGGACCUGCAGCUUUGUGUGAACGGCUGCCCCGCCUCGGAGCGCAUCGAACUGCCCGCGCUGGGCCUCCAGCACGCCGCUCUUCCUACUCUUCCUCCUCCUCAGCAGGCCUUCACUCUGGAGAGCGCCUCCCGAAAGUGCAGCGAGCAGCUCCAGGUCCAGGACAUCUAUUUCCACUCCUGUGUCUUUGAUCUGCUCACCACAGGUGACGCCAACUUCACCGCCGCCGCGUACAGCGCCCUCAAAGACGUGGAGGCGCUGCACCCCGAGAGGGAGCACUGGCACAUCUUCCCUCAUUCCGGUGCCGGCCCGAGACUGGCAGCGGCCCUCCAUGCACUUCUUGUUUGUUUAUUGGUUGCUGCACUUUUGUAAACGGUGCAGCCAUGACUGAAUUAGUGGAGGCAGGUGGAGACUGUUUAUAAGCAAGGCGAACGUAGCUUGUAUAUAUUGUGUACACAGAGGAGACGGGGGAUGC